CGUUUCUUAGGCAGAACGGUCGGCGCAGGCGCGGCACUGACAGCUGCUGUGUACUUGCUCCGCAAAGUGUGUUUAAUAAUGGCCUGGAAAUCUGGAGGAGCCAGCCACGCAGAGCUCGUCAACAAUCUCCGCAAAAAUGGGAUCAUUAAGUCGGACAAGGUCUAUGAAGUCAUGCUGGCCACAGAUCGAGCCCAUUUCUCCAGAUGCAACCCUUACAUGGACUCUCCGCAGUCAAUAGGCUAUCAAGCGACUAUCAGUGCCCCGCACAUGCACGCCUAUGCCCUGGAGCUCCUGCAUGACCAGCUGUAUGACGGGGCCAAAGCCCUGGACGUGGGCUCCGGCAGUGGGAUCCUCUCCGCGUGCUUUGCACGAAUGGUGGGUCCCAAAGGGAAGGUGAUCGGAAUUGAUCACAUCAAAGAGCUGGUAGAUGACUCGAUAAACAACGUGAAGAAAGAUGACCCGGGUUUGAUAACAUCGGGCCGUGUGAAGCUGUUAGUGGGAGACGGGCGAAUGGGCUACAUGGAGGAGGCGCCUUAUGACGCCAUCCACGUUGGUGCGGCAGCACCCACAGUACCCCAAGCGCUCCUGGACCAGCUGAAGCCAGGUGGUCGCCUGAUCCUGCCUGUGGGCCCAGCUGGCGGGAACCAGAUGCUGGAGCAGUACGACAAGAUGGAUGAUGGCAGCACCAAAAUGAAGCCCUUGAUGGGAGUGAUUUAUGUGCCUUUAACAGACAAAGACAAGCAGUGGUCCAGGUGGAAGUGACUUCCUUCUCCCUCUCCUCCCUCUCUCUCCUUCUCACAGUGGCAAAGGGAUGAACUUUGAAGAGGAAGAUGGUUGAUGUCCAACAUUUCAGUUUGAACCUGGAUUAAAAACUAGAACGGGAUUCCGAUGCCAGUUGGAAUUCUCUGAACGCAUAACAAACUACAGUGUACUUGUUUUAGAGCUCUAACAGUGGAUUAGAGUGUCGUGAUGAUGAAACUGCCCCCAGAGGGAAGGGGGGAAAACAAAAGACUGCUUGAAGUUGAGCACAGAAAAAGUGGAGAGGGGGGGAUAAUGCUUUGUUUUCUUCACCAUGCAUCUUCGGUUAUGUAUGUUUUCAGUUGCCGGAGUUUUGGUUGGUUUGUUGUGGCUUCAGUUACUGCAUUGCAAUCCACCAUUUCUAUAGUCGUGUUUCAGCUCCAGCGGAGCUGGUUGGACAAUGAGGAGGAGAGUCCCGAGGUUCCAGAUAACUCACCCAGUCGCAGACUGUGUCUUCAUCUAACUAGAAUAUAAAAAAGCUUGUGCACCCAGUUGACAGUAUUUAGGUACACACGGCAACAUAAUGGCUGAUGCAACACACACAUCCUGUUAUUUGAUGUGCAGCACUUCUAGGCGACACCAGAUGUAGAUUAAGCAAUGCGUUUGAAUAUUACGGCACAUGCCUCCAUGCACUCAAGUUGAGUGGAGCACAAAUUACUCAUGUGUGCACUUACAGGGCUAUGCUCUGCACCUGGUGAUGUAUUGCUUUCCGCCUCCAGUUUUCCCGGCACCUUGUACAGGCUCCUCUGGUGACUUUAAAGAAAUGAGAGUCACUGCUUUGCCAAAAUAAACUCAUAAAGCGAAUGUGUCUCAUGUUUUCUUAAAUUGAACAGAAUCCAAAAUGAGCCAUACUUUAUUUUGGGUUAUCUGUGAUGGACGAUUCACACCGUCUGGAAUGGCAUAUACAGAAUGGCAAAUAAAGAGAUGCUUAAGU